CGCAGUUUUCAAAAAAUCUCAAAAAAAUGAACUCUGAAAACCGUUAUCCUGUAACUGCAUCCUUGUUUAUGUUGCGUGAAAUAAAACAACGCCAAGAAAAAGUCAACAAAGGAUAUCAGCUAUUAAAGAGAAAGGCCGAAGCCCUACGCUUCAAAGGGCGCCAGGCAGCCGCUGAACUAGCUACAGUCCAGGCUUUACUCGGCCAUACUUUGAAAGAGGCUUACAUUUCUCUUGCAGCUAUAAAAUUUACUAAUGGCGAAUCAAAUGCGUUAGUUUUAGAAAAUGUUGGCCAGGCUCAAAUCCGUGUUCAACGAGUCCCUGAAAACAUAUCUGGGGUCCCAACCGUGUCACUCCAAGCUAUUGAGGACCACACCGCAGGCGAUGCCUUUCGCUAUGCAGGUUUAGGUGCUGGCGGUCAUCGCACUAGUGAAACGAAACGUGCUUUUCGAGAAGUCACUAAAAUCCUUAUAAAGUUUGCCUCCUUGAGAAACAUUUGCUUACUUUUAGAUGAAGCUAUUCGUACUACUCUCAGGAAAGUCAAUGGCAUAGAAAAAGUGAUCUUGCCGAAAUUACGCAAUACUGAAAAUUAUAUCUUAACUGAAAUGGAUGAAAGGGAACGUGAAGAAUACCACCGUUUGAAAAUGGUGAAGGCAAAGAAAAAUCUUGGACGCAUAUUGCCCAAGCCCGUGGAAAGGAAAGUAUGCGGAGAUUCCAGUGAUAUAUCGGAGACACCUUCAGUAUCGAGCAGACAGAGCGAUUCACUAAAGGAUCUUGUAGACGUAAAUUCCAAAAGCGGCUUAUCAACCACUACGGUUUCUGCUGGUGAUUUCAAGCCAGUAUGCUAUCCUCACUACUGGGAUGAUGACGACUUAUUGUUUUAAACAGUGUAGACUGCAAACUACUUGUUUGAAUAAUAUUUAAUUUAUGUACAAAAUUUGUUCUAUGUAUGAAGUCGACGUGUUUCAUUGGAUAAAAUAAAAAACGAAUUAACAUUU